GCAUUGGUUCCAAAAUCUUCUCCUCCGAGACCUGCGCUAGGGUUUUUUUUUUCCUUUGGUAGAAGACGGAAAGAAGAGAAAUUUGGUGAGAGAGAAAGAGGAAUUAGUUGUGGUGUUGAGAGAGAGAGAGAGGAAUUAGUUAUGUUGUUGUGAUUUUGAGUUGAAUCGAGAAAUCUGAGAAUUGAUUGAAAUAUAGGAAGCAAGCAAGCAAGGAAGUAAAAAAUGAGGCCGAUAUUGAUGAAAGGGCACGAGAGGCCACUGACAUUCUUGAAGUACAACCGAGACGGAGACCUCCUUUUCUCUUGUGCUAAGGACCACACUCCCACCGUCUGGUUCGCCGACAACGGCGAGCGUUUGGGCACCUACCGUGGUCAUAAUGGUGCUGUUUGGUGCUGCGAUGUUUCAAGGGAUUCGUCACGGCUAAUUACUGGAAGUGCGGAUCAAACAGCAAAGCUCUGGAGUGUUGAAACUGGGGCACAGUUGUACUCCUUUAAUUUCGACUCCCCUGCUAGAGCUGUGGACUUGGCAGUUGGCGAUAAGCUUGUUGUGAUCACUACUGACCCAUUUAUGGAAUUGACUUCUGCAAUUCAUGUCAAACGCAUCGUUACAGAUCCCAGUGAACAGACUGGUGAAUCUGUGCUCAUACUCAAAGGACCUCAGGGAAGAAUAAAUAGAGCUGUGUGGGGCCCGCUGAAUGACACUAUUAUAAGUGCUGGUGAAGAUGCUGUAAUUCGUAUAUGGGAUUCUGAGACUGGGAAAUUGCUUAAAGAGUCUGACAAGGAAACGGGUCAUAAAAAGACGAUUACAUCACUUUCAAAAUCUGCAGAUUGUUCACACUUCCUCACUGGUUCCCUAGAUAAAUCUGCUAAGCUUUGGGACAUCAGAUCAUUGACACUUGUCAAGACCUAUGUGACAGAACGCCCAGUCAAUGCGGUAGCUAUGUCUCCACUUCUUGAUCAUGUGGUGCUUGGAGGUGGUCAAGAUGCAUCGGCUGUCACUACAACAGAUCAUCGGGCUGGGAAGUUUGAGGCCAAAUUCUUUGAAAAGAUUCUGCACGAGGAACUAGGAGGCGUGAAGGGGCACUUUGGACCAAUAAAUGCUUUAGCAUUCAACCCUGAUGGAAAAAGUUUCUCAAGCGGAGGUGAAGAUGGUUACGUAAGAUUGCACCAUUUCGACUCAGAUUACUUCAAUGUCAGGAUUUAGAUCCGUUGCCUUACCAUUUCGACUCAGAUUACUUCAAUGUCAGGAUUUAGAUCCGUUGCCUUCCGUGGGAGAGAACUUCUUUUGUCGGUACUUAAAAUUGUAAUGUUAUUGCUUUCGACCAGGUUUUUUUUCUUCUUAUUGGAAGCAACAUUAUUAUGUAGAAGACCAUAAAACACCACAUUUUGGACUCGACAUUAUUCUGUAGAAGACUAUACAACAUUAUUUUUUGUAAGCAACAUUAUUCUGUAGAAGACUAUACAACAUCACUUUCUAUAAGAGAAUUCGGAUGUAGUUGCUACAA